UUUUUCACGAUGGCAAAAAACUUCGUUUUAAUUACGAAAUUGCCACCGCGUUUUUGAUCAAAUUUAGUUCACUUUUGGCUCAUUUUGAGCCAUUAGAUCUGGAAAUGAAUGCACGAGAUUAAUUCUCACUUUGCAUGGGAAGACCUCUUUGUAUUUGAACCCUCCCCUAUAUAUAUAUAUAUAUAUAUAUAUAUAUAUAUAUAUAUAUAUAUAUAUGUGUGUGUGUGUAUAUAAGACAAAAUAACUGCUGGUAUCCGUGGUUUCGUCGACCAGCAUACUAAAGUCAAGGACCUUUUCAAGGCUAUUGAUGAGCAAUUUGCUACAUCUGAUAAGGCCCUUGCCAGCACCUUAAUCAUACAGUUCGCAUCCAUGAAGCUCACUGGGAUAAGAGGCGUGCGUGAGCACAUCAUGCGCAUGAGGGACAUAACUGCUCAGCUGAAAGCUUUGGAGGAGGAGGAGAGGCUGAUAAUGGAAGAGGGUGAACGGGUGAACUUGACUGUCCAUGAGAAGAAAAAGAAGGAUCACGCCAAAACUAAAGGCAACAUCCCUCCAAAGGCAGUCAUUAAGAAAGAGUCAAAGUGUUUCUUUUUCAAGAAAAAGGGAUACAUGAAGAAAGAAUGCUCAAAAUUCAAGAGCUGGCUCGAAAAGAAAGGGUAUGGAACACCUAAGGAAACCAGUGGCAAGUGAACAAUGCAUCUAUUUAGGAGGAAGAAUAAGUUCACACGUUGAAGUCAUUGGGACAUGCAAUUUAGUUUUAAGCAGCGG